AUGGCCUUGGCCGGGAUGCUUGAUUUUGCCUCCAUGCUAUCACUAAACGACUCGCAGCCUGAUCAUCACCAGAUUAUUAUUCCAGCUUUCCGAGAAUUCCUGGCGGUCUUCGUUCAGCCAGACGUCUAUGAAGCGGAUUUUUUCCCGAAUCUUUACAACGUUCCUCUUCGACAUGACGAUUUGUUACAUUGGAAAGAGAAGGGCGUGCGGCCCCUAUGUGAACGGCGAUAUGGUGUUUGUCCAGUGCAAGCAACCGAGCGCGCACACGAGAGGAUCUUCGACAACUUUUGCAGUGUGCUUGUUACGCUCGAUUACGCCUACCAAAAAAAUCCCGCUUCUGAGACUUGGAUCGCACACCUCCGUUGGAAGAGACAUGUUCUUAUGCCUAUACCACCGGAUUUCUGCAAAGGCCCUAUGGCUCUGCUCGCACGUCACCGCAGCAACAUAGAAGCAGCAAUUCAGGCAUCCUUUCCUCAGUUACGAAAGAGCUUGGAAGAAUGGGGUCUUUAUCAGCCGUACGACCGCCCUGUGUUACUUAUGCCAGCUCUGAUGGACUAUAUGUCUCUAUUUGGCAAGGUUCUUCCUGAUCUGAUGAGCGAGAACGAUGAGGUCAUCUCUACCAUUGCGUCUCAUUUCGAAUCCUUUGUAGUAUGUUCUUUUCCCCGCCCAUGUCUUCAGAAAUUGAGUAUAACAGAAAUCCAAUUCGGAAACGCCAAAUGA